AUGGCGAUCCGGAAAAAGGCUAGGCACAGGUCUGGCUCUGUAGAAAACCCGCAGUCUGAGGACGUUGACCAUGAAGAACAGCCUGAAACAUUGGCUGAGAGGUUGGGCGAAGGGCAGUUUGACGACAAUGAGGAUCUUCUCAACAUGGAGAUACCAGAAAGACCAUUGGAAACUGUUUCCCACGACCCAAACGAAGCCAGAUUGGUGAUCUCCAGAAUUGAAGUUGAGAACUUUAAGAGUUAUUUUGGAAGAAAAGUCUUGGGUCCUUUACAUAAGGUAAGGAGGGGUUUUUUUUGUCGGAUUUGUUUUUUAGAAUUAUACAUCUAUUUUGGGGCCGAAUGGAAGUGGAAAGAGCAAUGUUAUCGACUCCAUUUUAUUUGUUUUCGGAUUCAGAGCCAAUAAAAUCAGAUCCAAGAAGCUUUCCGUUUUGAUUCACAAAAGUGCCGCGCAUCCAAAUGUCUCUUCGGCCGAAGUAACGGUGUUCUUCGAACGGAUAUGGGACCGCGUAAGUACAAUUAUAGUAGAUUUCCAAUUAUUUUUAUUGUUUCAGGGUCCCAAUGACUACGAGGUGAAACCAAAUUCCCACUUUUCAGUUACAAGAACAGUUAAUUCGGACGGCAGCAGUCGGUAUUAUUUCAACAAGAAGGCGAUUAAACCUGACGAACUAAGGAAACGGCUGAAAGAAAAUGGAAUUGAUCUGGAUCACAAUCGAUUUCUGAUUCUACAAGGAGAAGUCGAACAAAUCUCGUUGAUGAAACCCAAAGGAGAUGAUAAAGGAGAAGAAGGAAUGUUAGAAUAUCUCGAAGACAUUAUUGGUAGCAACAGACUGAAGACUCCUAUCGAGAAAUUAGCGAGAAGAACGGAGAGGUUGGACGAACAGUUGAAGACUGUCGCUAAUAGGUAAAUUAGGACUAUCAAACUGAGAGAUUUGCUUAGACGUUCCUUGGCUGCUAAAGAGCACACAGAUCUUAUUGAGCCCUUGACUCAACUCUUUAAAAUCCUGCGGUUAGAAAACGCAAUCACGAAGUGCAAUAAUCAGUUGUAUCACAUUGAGAAGUAAGUUAUUCAAACCGGUUUUGAUUAGUGAUUUUAGGAAGAGGGUGAUGGACGAAUCGAAAAAAAUCCAAGAUGGUUAUAACAAGAUGAAAAAAGAACAUGACGCAGAUCUGGAAGAGAAAGAAAAAUUGGUGAAAGAAAUGGCCAUCGCAAGGAGAGAGGUCGUGGAACUUCAGAAGAAGGAAAACGAACUCAAGGAAGAAAAGGAGUCGAAGGAAGAAGAAGAGCGAAAGUACACACACUCCAUUCAGAUGAUCGAAAGUGAUGUUCAGCGACAUGAAGAGAAGGUUCAGAAGUUGGAAAAAACAUUAGAAAAAGAGAAGAAGAGGGUAGGAUAAUAAGGUGAAUGUUAGACGUUGCUUUUAGUUGGUUGAAUUGGAAUCUGGCCCUGAAAAGGCCCAGAAAAUAAUUAAUGAUUUGGAGGGAGAAGUCGAAGGAUUGAAGGAAGAAUCACAAGAAAAGGAGGCUGAAUAUCAGGUGAAGAAGAGAGAAGCGAACGAUGCCAAUGAUGGAUUCAGAAAGGCCCUUCAAGAGCUGAUGCCUGAGAUCAGCGAAUUCAAAGACUCUGAAAAUAAGAUCCAAAGAAAGUUAACUCUUGCUGAAGAUAAGGUAGCCAAGCUGAAAUACGAAUUGGAGAAUCCGCAAAGAGAAUUAGAAAAGGCCCAAGAAGAUCUGGAGCAAGCCAAAACCGAACUGGAGAAUUUUAACCGGUGUGUUUUUAGAGAUUAUUUGUUGUAUUUUAUUUUUAGGGAUGUUGAGAACAAGAUUCACAGAAGGCCGGAGCUGGAGCGGGAGAUUUCCCAGUUGAAGGAGCAAUUCGGAAGUAAGAAGGGUAUGGAAGCCAAAUUAACCGAUGAAAUACGAAAGUUGUCUCAUGAGCUGAUGCAAUGUAAUCAACAAAACGAAGGACGAAACAAUCCGACAUUAUCAGCGUUGCUGACAGAAAAGGCUAAAGGAAACUUCACUGGUGUUUAUGGAAGGCUGGUAUGGAAAAUGUAUGAAGGGUUUCAAUAUUUGCUUUAGGGAGAUUUGGGUGGAAUCGAUGAAAAAUACGAUGUGGCGAUCUCCACUGGUUGUGGUCCCUUAGACAAUAUUGUUGUGGAUUCGGUGGAAACGGGUCAGCAGUGUCUUGAAUUCAUGAAGAGGAAUCGUCUUCCAAAUGCAACUUUUAUUGCUCUUGAUAAACAGCAGAACUUCUGGAGUAAAAUCAAUGCUAAACCGACAACGUGAGAUGAUAUCUUUGAGUUUCGAGCAAUAUGUUUUCCUUACAGACCUGAAGGAGUCAGUCGGUUAUUCGAUUUGGUCCAGAUAAGUGAUGAAGAUGUGAAACCGGCCUUCUACUACGCGUUGAGGGAAACUCUUGUGGCCGAAAAUGUCGAUCAGGCUGCCAGAAUCUCCAACUUCAACGGCAGGAGAUACCGUGUUGUUACAUUGGGCGGAGAUCUCAUCGAAACCACAGGUACUCUUUCUGGAGGUGGAAAAACUCAAAGAAGGUUGGUUUAAAUGCCAUUCAUAUUGUUUAUUAUUACAGGGGACGAAUGGGGAAGCAAGCCAAAGUUGACGCUGCUAGACGGCAGUCUUUUAAUGUCAGGAGUUUGGAACAAAAUCUGAGAACUAAGGAAAUGGAACUAAAUCAACUGAGGAAUGCAUUGCGACUUGUAAGGUAUUUUAUAGUAAACAUUUAUGCUUCAGAUGGAUGAAGGCAUUAGAACCAAGACUGAUGAGAUUGAUAGGAUGGGAAGAACGGUCGAACAAGACCAAAAUACAAGGGUAAACAUGAAAAGAAAGAUCCAGAAACUAACAGAGAAGGUCCAAAAUUCUGAGAGGGAACUCUCAAGGAACGAUGACAAAUCACAAGAAGUUCAGGAAUGGGAGGCUGAGGUUGAUAAAUAUACUGAAGAAAAGGCUAGGAUCAUUCAAGAGGGAGAAGAAUUGCUGAAGAGAAAAAAUGCUCUUGAGGAAAAGAUUAGGGAAACCGAGAACAGAAUUGUCGGCAAGGCCAAAAAAGAAUACGAAAAGGCCAAGAAGGAAUUUGAUAAGGCGCAGAAUGAUAUAAAACAAGCCCGACUAACCAUCAGUAACUCUAAUUCACUGAUCCUGAAGGCCAGAAGAGGGAUUGAAAGUAUUGAAAAAGAAAUCAAGGAUUUUGAAUAUCAAACAGAGAGGGCAACCCACAGAAAAGAAAAAGCACAGGAGAAGAUCGCGUUGUCGAAAACUCGGAUUGAGGAAUUGGGAUUGAAACUGUCAGAGGUUGCUGGAAAGAUCACUGAAGGCUUAAACAAUACCUCCAUCUUCACAGAGAAGGAAGAAGAAUUGGCCAAGAGGCUCGAUGAGAGAACCAGGGAAAUGGCCACACUCGAGGAAGAAUUGUGUCAUUACAAUCGGAAGAUGGAGGCCAUCGAUGAAAAGGUUUGAGUUUGAACUAGCUGAAUCAAAACCACUCCAGAAGUUUAAUAUAUUUUUUCCUUGUUUAGAUUGGCAAACUACAGACAUUUAAUGUUCGUCAAAAUUUACAACAUAUCACAACUGAUCGACCCCAAUUCCAACUAGAUGAUACUCAAGCAACUGAAUCCAGGAAUGAUACUGUUACAACUCCGAGCGUAAAAGAUGAUCCUGAUGCAACUUUGACUGAAAGCGAUCGAACUUUGACCGAUAACAACCAGGAAAGACCUCAAGCCACAAGCCCAGAUUCAGAGGUCGAGGUCUUCCAAAGACCUUCAACUAGUCGUGCCCCAAGUAGAGUCAGGGCAAGGAAGAAUCAGGUAAAGGACGAACCUAGAAGUCCAGAAGCUCUGAACGACUCCACUCUAAGUACAGCAUCGAGAAAAAGGAGAAGCAGAAAGACGGAGACAAGUGAAACCAUGAACGAAAGUCGGAUGGUCGAACAAGAAGAAGAAGCCGAGGAUCUGCCCAAUACAACCACUAUCACCUCCACUGAUGGCAACACGACUCAUGAUCCGGCUUAUGAUUUUGGACAUCUACCCACUUAUUCUCCUGCGGAUAUCAACGCUUUUGAUGAAGCUCAUAUCAGGAAUGAGUUGAAGAGAAAACAACGACGCAGAGAAAGAUAUCCAAAGGAAUUCAAUCUUGAUCUCAUCCAAGAGUAUGCUGAUAAAGUAAGACAAUUUACCCGAGGAAGUAGUUUUUUUUAGUUAGAAAAAUUGAAUUCUGUAGAUGCCCAGUACAACAAUCUGAAGGAGUCAUUUGACGCCCAUCGAAAAAUGUUUGACACUUUGAAGAAGAUGCGAGUAACCGAAUUCCAGGAAGGGUUCCAGAGGAUUUGUGUGGCCACGGAAGAUACGUAUAAGAUGUUAACUAUGGGAGGGGAAGCUGCUUUGGAGCUGGUCGACUCUAUGGAUCCCUUUACGUCCGGAGUAUCUUAUCAGUAAGUAAAUAUAACAGCCAGAGAUUGCCACGGUUAAAAUUUCGGCUCCGGCUCUUAGCUCCCAGAGCCGGAGCCGAGGCCAAAUUUGCAGCUCCGGAUUCCGGCUCCCGUGCAAAAAAUUUAAAAAAAUAUUUUUCCAAAAAUAAAAGUUAUUAGUGCCAGAGAUCAUACACCCAACGUUUUUGCAGCCAAGUCGUAUGCAACACAUUCUUCCCAGUAUUUUUCAAUCAAGGUGGUGUAACAAGAUCAUGGAAUUUUUACUUUUCUGAACGCUGAGAUGCCUGGCUCCGACUUUGGGCUCGGGAGCCGGAGCCGCACCCCAAAUUUCCGGCUCGGAGCCGGAGCCAAGAGCCGGCUCCGGAGCCGUGGCAAUCUCUGAUAACAGCUAUUGGUGAUUCUAUAGAAAAUUGAUGUUUGAUUUCAAUAUUGUUUUAGAGUCAGACCGCCGAAGAAAACUUGGAAACAGAUUACAAAUCUGAGUGGUGGAGAGAAGACGUUGGCUUCAUUGGCCCUUGUGUUCGGAUUACAUUCAUACAGGCCAACCCCGUUUUAUGUGAUGGAUGAGAUCGAUGCUGCUCUAGAUUACAGAAAUGUUUCCAUUAUCUCCACAUUUGUCAAGGAGAGAACAAAGAAUGCCCAAUUUGUUAUUAUAUCUCUGAGGAAUAAUAUGUUCGAGAACGGAGACCGUCUUCUUGGUAUCUACAAGGUCAAUGAUUGCACCAACAAUGUCAUUUAUGAUCCUGAUGCUGACGAGAACGAACCACCGGCUGUACGUUUUUUGUGAAUUGCAUUUUGGGAUAGUGAACUGGAUUCAAAAAACUUUUUAGGUUUCCACAAAUGUCUCACAUCAUUCUGGGGUAGCCGAGCUUACGGAAUCGACCGAGCAGCUGCAUGUAGAAGAAGGUCCCCCAUCCAAAAGAAGACGAGGUGUGAAACAUGAGCAAUCUUAA